AUGGAGACUCCUCAAGACAGCCGCCAAAGUUUCCAAAAGCCUCUGAGUCUGGGAGCUGAGAAGGACCAGGAACAACGGCGUGGUAGGAAGACAGUGGUCUCCGAGGCUGGAGAGGAAGGAGACCAGAAACGGCUUGUACUGGGCGGGCUUGCUCAGGGUGGGCUUGAUCAGGGCGAACUCGCCCAGGGUGAGGUUGCUGGAGGCAAGCAUGCUCAAGAAGAGCCUGCUCAGUUCAGUGUCACCCAGGAAGCCACAGGAGUAGGAGAGGAGGGAGAAAAGAAGGAAGAAGAAAUAGAGGGAAGACAUGCUAGUGAUGGUGCUUCUGGCCCCGCGGAUGACAACAUCCAGCAAGAAGGUGGCCAAGGCAGCAGUGAUCAACAACAAUCUGAGGAAGAAGAAGCGAUUCUUGAGCAUAUCAGGAAUCAACAAGCUUGGAACAAUGAGGCUUUCCAGCGGUACAGCCGCAGCAGGUUCACCAGCUCUCAGUUGCGUGAUCUGGAGCGCCUUUUCCGAGAGUCUCGCUACCCCAGCUUGCGAGCAAGGAGGGAUCUUGCACGAUGGAUGGGUGUGGACGAAUACGAUGUUCUGAAUUGGUUUCGAAUGAGGAGAGCCGUUUACGAGAGAAACAGGAGCCUGCUUAUGCUCUCCUAUCUGUCACCGAAUUCCCAGAGCGACUCUCCCUGA